CAGGUAUUUGUGCUACCCACAGUUGCAUGACAUGAAGCACAGACCACUCUUAUUACAAGCUUAUCAGUGGGUCGGUCAAAGGCGGUCAAAAAGUCCCCGCCAAACUUUUGAGAUUCCAAAAAUUCUGCCGCGGCGAGCCGACCAGAGCUCAAGAAAUUCCCAGCGGCUUUGCGACAGCCAGCAACACACACCCCACCACAACCAUCCCAAACAUUCACAAUGCCUCACAAACCGCCAACCAAGGAGGAGCUCGAGAAGCGCAAGAUCGUCGGCGUCAACCUCGAGACCGUAACCGAUGUCUCUUCGACCGAUUUCCCCGGCCACUACCCCGGCGAAGACCACGCUUGGGAUAUUGAGCGCUUCAAGCGCGGCUUCUCGGUCGAAUUCCACCAAAACGACCCCCACGAAGCCUCCUUCUCCCUCAUCGGCAUCGACGCCUCCAUCGCCAACGCCUUCCGCCGCAUCAUGAUCGCCGACGUGCCCACCCUCGCCAUCGAAAACGUCUUCGUCUGGAACAACACCUCGGUCAUCCAAGAUGAGGUUCUCGCCCACCGCCUGGGCCUCAUCCCCUUCACCGGCGGCCGCGAAGGGCUCACCGACUUCCUUAAGUGGUAUCGGAAGCCCGCCAACGGCGACCCGGCUGAAUGCAAGGACUUCAACACCGUCGCGCUCGAGCUGAACGUCAAGUGCGAGCACAACGAGAACGCUGACCCGAACGAGACGGACCCCACCAAGUUGUAUCAUCAUGCGCAUGUGUAUGCAAAGGAUAUUGUGUUCAAGCCUAUUGGUCGCCAGGUGGAUUAUUUCUCGGGCGAGGACAUCAUUCGGCCGGUGAACCCAGACAUCCUAAUUGCCAAGCUUCGUCCUGGGCAGGAGAUCAAUGUUCAGAUGCACAUGCACAAGGGUGUGGGGUCGGAUCAUGCCAAGUUCUCACCUGUUGCUACCGCUUCGUACCGUAUCAUGCCUACCAUCACCAUCACUCAACCUAUCCUUGGCCGGGAUGCCGAAAAGUUCCAGAGAUGCUUCCCCAAGGGUGUCAUCGGGCUUGAGAAGGUGACCGCAGAGGAGGCUGCCCAGAAGGGAUCAGGGUAUGAGGGCCACGAGGGAGAGCUGAAGGCUGUUGUGGUCGACCCAAAGAGCGACACCGUCAGUAGAGAGGCGCUUCGCCACGAGGAGUUCAAGGACAAGGUUAAGCUUGGCAGGAGACGGGAUCAUUUCAUCUAUCUCGUGGAAAGCACCGGGCAGUGGAAGAGCGAUGCGAUUUUCCUGGAGUCGGUGUCGCAUUUGAAGGCCAAGGCGAAGGCACUGGAGAAGCAGCUUGUCAACAUGGUCAGGUAGACCUGUUGGUUGUUGUUGCAAAAGAGUGAAGAUGGCACAGAAAAAUAGAUGGAUAACCCCUUUUUUUUUCUUGUCUACAAAGGAGGGAUCACACGCAGGUGACGAAAAGGGGAGGGGCGCGGUAUCUUAGACUAUUCAGACAUUCAUACUUGGGUGCAACGGCGUCAAGGAGGCGGGGUUUUACCAAAAAAGAU